AUGCAGGCUGUGAAGGACAAGAUAAAUGAAAUGGGCGCACUGCGCAAGGUCAAGGCCGAGGCCAGGGCCGAAGAGAGGGCUGAGAAAGAAAUAGCCAAGGCGAGAACCGAUGUAGCUCAUGAGGUGAGAUUGGCUAAAGAGGCCGAGGCAUCAAUGUCAUUGCAUGUGGCGAAAGCUGGGGACAUUGCUAGAGCUGGAGAAAAGUUUGCGCAUGAUCAUCAAAUGGUAGCUCAUGCGCCUCAAAAUACUACUAACACAGCUCAUCAGGCUCGUUCUUCUGACAAGACAUCGGGAGGUCCCCCAACUUACAACCCAAUGUCUUAA